ACGGUCCCUCUCCACGCCCCCCGAAAUCUGAAUAUCCGAAAUCUCGUCCAUUCUCGCCCUGACUGCCUUGUGGCCCAAGUCGCCAUUGCGUUGCCCAUCUCCCGGUCAAGGUCCAUCUCCCUCGAGCCGAAAUCUCCAACGCGACUUCGCCCAUCAUGCAGGCUCCGGUGGUGGUUAUGAACACAGGCGGUGGUGAGAGACAGACCGGCCGGAAAGCUCAGCUGUCCAACAUCGCCGCUGCCAAAACAGUCGCCGAUAUCAUUCGAUCAUGCCUCGGCCCCAAGGCCAUGCUCAAGAUGCUGCUCGACCCCAUGGGCGGCAUCGUCCUCACAAACGAUGGCCACGCCAUUCUCCGAGAAAUUGAGGUGUCGCACCCCGCCGCUAAGAGCAUGAUCGAGCUCAGCCGGACACAGGACGAGGAAGUCGGUGACGGAACUACCACCGUAAUUAUCCUAGCUGGUGAGAUCUUGGCACAAGCUCUGCCCCAACUCGACCGCAACAUCCACCCCGUCGUCAUCAUCUCCGCUUUCAAGCGCGCCCUAAAAGACGCCCUCGUCAUCAUCGACGAGAUCUCCCAACCCAUCGAUGUCGACGACGACAAGGCCAUGUACCAACUCAUCUCUUCGUCCAUCGGCACCAAGUUUGUUUCGCGGUGGAUGGAUCAGAUGUGCUCCCUUGCCCUCAAGGCCGUCCGAACGGUGACAUGGGAGGCUGGCAACGGCAAGACUGAGGUCGACAUCAAGCGGUAUGCCCGAGUUGAGAAGGUUCCUGGUGGCGAGAUCGAGGACAGCCAAGUCCUUGACGGCCUGAUGCUGAACAAGGACAUCACACACCCCAAGAUGCGCCGGCGCAUCGAAAACCCCAGAAUCGUGCUCUUGGACUGCCCCCUGGAGUACAAGAAGGGCGAGUCGCAGACCAACAUUGAGAUCACAAAGGAGGACGACUGGAACCGCAUUCUUCAGAUCGAAGAGGAGCAGGUCAAGGCCCUGUGCGAAGCCAUCAUCGCCGUGAAGCCCGAUCUCGUCAUCACCGAGAAGGGUGUCUCCGAUCUGGCUCAGCACUACUUCAUGAAGGCCAACAUCACAGCUCUCCGCCGAGUGCGAAAGACCGACAACAACAGGAUAGCCCGUGCAACUGGUGCCACCAUUGUAAACCGUGUCGAUGACCUCCAGGACUCGGAUGUCGGCACCCAAUGCGGUCUAUUCGAGAUUGAGAAGAUCGGCGACGAGUACUUCACCUUCCUCACCAAGUGCAAGGACCCCAAGGCCUGCACGAUCCUCCUCCGAGGUCCCUCCAAGGACGUGCUCAACGAGAUUGAGCGAAAUCUCCAAGAUGCCAUGGGUGUGGCGCGAAACGUCAUGUUCUCCCCCCGGUUAUCCCCCGGUGGUGGCGCUACGGAGAUGGCCGUCUCUGUGAGGUUGAGCCAGCUGGCCAAGAGCAUCGAGGGUGUGCAGCAGUGGCCCUACAAGGCCGUAGCGGAAGCCCUCGAGGUCAUCCCCCGCACCCUGGUUCAGAACGCCGGCAAGAGCCCCGUCCGUGUGUUGACGGAUCUGCGUGCCAAGCAAGCUGAGGGCAAGAGCUCGUGGGGUGUCAACGGUGACACCGGUGCCAUUGCCGACAUGAAGGAGUACGGAGUCUGGGAGCCCCAGGCCAUCAAGCUGCAGAGUCUGAAGACGGCGAUCGAGGCCGCCUGCCUGCUUCUCCGAGUAGAUGACAUCUGCAGCGCCAAAAAGAUGCAGGGCGGUGCGCCUGGCGUCGGUGGUGGCGGCGAUGAAUAAAGAGAGACGAGAAUGAGGGGAGCUAAGCAUGGUGGCAAGCAUAGGAGCAUCGGGAUGGUUUAGAUUUGUGUUGGGACCAGUCAUACCCCCUGUACUAGCCGAAGAACCAGAACAUAGACAAAAGGGCCUGGGGCGACUGCCCUGGGGUUUUC